UGCCUGUUAUAUCAAUCACAGAGCUGGGAUCUAUUUAUAGGUUGGGACUCGGAGUACUGUGUCCUAGUCACAAAGAGAGGCAGAGACGCAGAGGGGACUGUCGGCUGGUGCAGGCAGAACCAAAAGAUAUUUAAUCAGCAAUUAGAAACACCUGAGGGCAAGGGAAAUUCUACUCCAGCCUCGAACCUCAUCUCAGCCUGCAGCAUGCUGCUCGGCAGAAUGGCCACGGAGGAGCGGCACCUCUCCUCCAGCUGUGGGUCCUUCAUCAAGACCGAGCCCUCCAGCCCAUCCUCUGGCAUCGACGCCAUCAGCCACCACAGCCCAAGCGGCUCCUCUGACGCUAGCGGUGGCUACGGCAUCGCCAUGGGUGGCCACCCCAAUGGCCUAGACUCGCCACCCAUGUUCAAUGGCACGGGGAUUGGCGGCGGGUCCUGCCGUAAGCGUUACGAUGACUGUGCCAGCGCCAUCAUGGAGGACUCACCCACCAAGUGCGAGUACAUGCUCAAUGCAAUCCCCAAGCGGCUGUGCCUGGUGUGUGGGGACAUUGCUUCGGGGUACCACUACGGCGUGGCUUCCUGUGAGGCAUGUAAAGCCUUCUUCAAGAGGACUAUUCAAGGGAAUAUUGAAUACAGCUGCCCGGCCACCAACGAGUGUGAGAUCACAAAACGGAGGCGCAAGUCCUGUCAGGCCUGUCGCUUCAUGAAAUGCCUCAAAGUGGGGAUGCUAAAAGAAGGUGUUCGUCUGGAUCGAGUCCGUGGAGGCCGUCAGAAAUACAAAAGGAGACUGGAUUCUGAGAGCAGCACUUACCUGAGCUUACAGAUCCCUCCCCCAGCUAAAAAGCCAUUGACUAAGAUCGUCUCCCACUUGCUGGUGGCUGAGCCAGAGAAGAUUUAUGCCAUGCCUGAUCCAACCAUGCCGGAGAGUGACAUCAAAGCUCUGACAACCCUCUGUGACCUGGCAGACAGGGAACUGGUGGUGAUCAUUGGCUGGGCAAAGCACAUCCCAGGGUUCUCCAACCUGUCCCUUGGAGACCAGAUGAGCCUUCUGCAGAGUGCCUGGAUGGAAAUUCUCAUCCUGGGCAUUGUGUACCGCUCUCUGCCAUACGAGGACAAGCUGGUCUAUGCUGAGGACUACAUAAUGGAUGAAGAGCACUCUCGUCUGACAGGGCUGCUGGAACUCUACCUGGCCAUCCUGCAACUGGUGCGCCGCUAUAAGAAGCUCAAGGUGGAAAAGGAGGAGUUUGUCACACUCAAGGCUCUGGCUCUUGCCAACUCAGACUCCAUGCACAUAGAGGACAUGGAUGCAGUGCAGAAACUCCAGGACCUUCUCCACGAAGCCCUGCAGGACUACGAGCUGAGUCAGCGCAAUGAGGAGCCCCGGCGAGCAGGCAAGCUGCUCCUGACCUUGCCCCUCCUGCGGCAGACGGCUGCUAAAGCUGUGCAGCACUUCUACAGCAUCAAACUGCAGGGCAAGGUUCCCAUGCAUAAACUCUUCCUAGAAAUGCUAGAGGCAAAGGUCUGACAGCCCCAGCAUCAGCCAACAGUGGCCGGGGAACAAACUAGAAACAAAGAUGCAGACAACGGAGCAAUCCAAACAGCAGCAGCAGCCACCGCCGGCUUUUAUCUCCAAGCAUUUAUUAUGGAAGAAUUAUUUAAUGUCUAUCUGUCGGCGUGACUGCAGAAUCUUGUGUACAGGAGGGGGGAAACUUCUAAUCAGUCACCUGUUUCUCUUUUUUUCGUUGUUUUCUCUGUGGGAAAUACCAGAUUAUGCUCUUGCACUUGUUGAGGCAUCAUGGGGGUUCAGCCCCUCUGAUCAGUGAUGCUCUCAGCGCUGUCCAGCUGUCAGCUCCCCAGCUCCCUCUGCCAGUUCUGGAGGGUGAGUGGGGACAGAAGCAGGAAGAGAGGAAGAAUAGAGCCAAUAUAAACUUUAUCUGCUGGUGUUAUGAGGGGUCAGUUAGAAAGGGAAGCAGCCACGGUCCUUCUUUUUGUCACCUUUGCCUCUUACCAUAGAGUAGAUGCUUCUCUGGAGAACAAUGCUGCUGGACCUCUCCUGAACAAAAAGGCUGCCUCCCAGACUCCUCUAACACUUGUACAUACAAGCCCCACUUCUAACUGGGAAAGAUGCUCCUAACUGUGUAAAAUAUUCUGCGACCUUGUACAGUGUGUCAUUACGCCUGGCUAGUCCCUCCCAUGUACAAUCCCUGCAGGCUCCUGAAGAGGUAGGAUGUUUGUCCCUGAGAAAAUGCAAGUCUUUCCCAAAUGGCAAGAAAAAAGAGUCUGAUGUUAUGCUUCAGUGCUGGGUUGACUUGAUAACCUCUGCAUCCUCUCCUAUGUGGUGCUAACUACAGUUCUUCCACACUUUUCACCCCAUAGUUUAUCACACCUGCCUCUUCAGCUCAGCUGAGUGCCAUUCCCCACCUGUUCCUUGUGGCAGAGAACACAAGGCUUUGUCUGCAUGGUUACUGCCCAAGUAUAAAUACACCCCCAACCAGAUCUUUCCUAGACUUCAUUAGAGCUCUUUGGCUCCACAGAGACUUUAGGCUUAUUGCCAAAUUCUAGUUAGGAAUCAAGGGCACUGCUUUUCAGAGGAGGUAUCUCUAGAGCCUGAGAGAUUGCUUUCUUGUGGCAGCCUAGGGAAAUAAAUUAGAGGAUGGCAACCCCUAAUACUCCAACUACUGUCUUCCCCUGCCUCAUCCCGUUAUCUUCAACAGCAGGAAAAGAGCUAGCAUAGAUUUUACCUGAGGCUGAUAAGAGGUUCUCUUGCUGAUCAGAAAGCAAAUACCUGACCUUAAGGUGGUGGGAGAAGAACAGGGAGAGUGUUUAUUUACUCUUAUGUAACCAGGUUCCUGCUGUCUCCAAGAGCUUGUUUAGAUCUGCUGCCUAAGCCAUAAUUGCUGCAUUCCCAGUAGC